GUAAAAUUGUCAAACAAUUUUGACAUUUCCCAAGUUCGAUUUAAAAUAAUACGAAAAAAAUCUAAAAUAUUCCAGUUACUGUAUCGUAUGAGUCGUGUAAAUUAUUAGUACAAGCCUGGAGACGAUUCUUCAAUUCAAAACAUAAGUGUGAAACUUCAGUCUUUCUAGAAAUCAUGAAAAGUUAAGCAUGAACGAAAUGUCUGUGAAACCUACAAUUUACCAUGAAAAACAAGUUAAAGAAUUGUGCGCAUUACACGCACUCAAUAAUUUGUUCCAAACGGAGAGUUCAUUCACAAAAUCGGAGUUGGAUGUAAUAUGUGGCCAAUUGUCCCCAAAUGUGUGGAUCAACCCUCACAGGUCCAUGCUGGGUCUCGGCAACUAUGACAUCAAUGUCAUCAUGGCCGCUCUCCAGAAAAAAGGCUGUGAAGCCAUCUGGUUUGAUAAAAGAAAAGACCCCGCUUGCCUGGACUUGUCGCACAUCAGUGGGUUCAUCUUGAAUGUGCCGUCGGACUACAAGCUGGGGUUUGUGAUGCUGCCGCUGCGGCGCCGCCACUGGAUCACCAUCCGACAGAUCCACGGGAACUUCUAUAAUCUGGACUCCAAGCUGGAGGCUCCACAACUUAUAGGAAGGAGCAAUGACCUGAUAGCGUACCUGAAAGAGCAGCUGGACAGCAAAGAGAAGGAGCUGUUCAUCAUCGUCAGCAAGGAGGUGGAGGAGAAGCAGCUGUGGAUGAACCCGGGCAUGCCACACUUCCUUGAGCACCCGCCCCGGGGCAGCCCCGACUGCGUCUCAACUGCCUCCAUGAACGACUACCGCAGCCGGGACGCAGAGUGUCUGCGGCUCAACCAAGUGAACUCUUGUGACAGUAACUAUUGAAGUGUGCUCUUGUGAUAGUUGGUGGACUUUUCUGUGUGUGUGUCUAAUUGUAUGUGUGUGAGUACAGCGGUGUACUCCAUGUGAUUCCUAAGGCCUACGGUUGCCAUUCUCUCAGGCAUUUCUGUGAAUAUUAAGUUUAGGGUACUUAAUUGUAAUGAAUGUAUGUAUUAAGUUGCAUUAUUUUUAAUUUAUUUACACGGUAAUCUGGUUCAGAAGUUUAUUUCGUGUUUUCACAAUUCUGUUGAUUUAUGGAAGUUAAUUUAAUCAUAGGAUCGAGCUAGUUUAAGUUUGUGAUGGUUUGAGGGAUAUUUUAACUACUUUGUUUCAAUCAGCAGCCAUUCCUUUUAUCUACCUAAUUGUAGUUGUGUCAAGUCUACAAUCAACACUUAAGAAUUUAUACCAAUUUAUAUACUUAAAUUUAAAAGAUAUAGAAGAAUAUUUAGAACUUUAGACGUAAAACUUUUUCUAUAAAUAAAUGGUAUUUGAUGAACCUUCA